UUUUUAAUUAAUCGCAAACUUUUUAAUUUAUUUUUUAAUUUAAAAUCAAUUUUUUUUUACUUUACCAAAUCUUCAUCAAAUCUGUCAUUCUUUUUCAGAAUUCUUUUACUUCCGCAAGGUUGAUUGUCCUCAAAGCUGAUCUCAUUAGGCGAUCCAACUUGAUUCUUAUCUUUUUCAUCUUCCUGAUUCUUUUUCUUGUUCUUGAAUCUCUUUUUAUUCUUUUCCUCUUUUUUGACAUUAAACUUCUCAAUAAAUUCAAUAUAAUUUGUGUAGUUGUCAGGCUUAAAGGUAUUGUAGUCCUUAUGAACUCUAAACAUCGUCAAAACUUCAUCAAUCAUGAAUGGAAACAGCCACAGAACUAGUGGUGAUUCACCAGGUGUAUAGGAACAAUCUUUGUGAUAGAACAAAUAUCCAUCAAGUUCCGCAAAGUCAUGAAAGUAUGGCAUGCGCUGAAAACAAUGAUGAACUCGAUGUGGCUGCUUAAAUUCAAAUCCUUCAAGAAAAUCAAGUUUUAGUUCAUUUUUUGGUACUCGAAUGUCAAUGACUCCAAGCCUGCAUUCAUAGAAUUUGCUUCCAAUCCAGUACCUCCUGAAUGCUGUGUCACAAUUCGUCAAGUCUCGUCCAUCAUACUUCAUACAGUCAAGGAUGUAAAUUGUUUUAAUCUUCUUGACAUAGAAGCAGUCAAGGAUCGUGUCUGGUGGGAUGUUGGUCUUCACUUCCAGUAACUUAUGUCCUGUCUUGGAAUAAAGCUUCGCAUAAUGAGGCUUUUUUUCCAAAAAUUUUGGCCGUCGUAGGAAUCCAACCGGUUCAUCAGGUGGCAAUUCAUGAAUUAAUGUUGAUCGUGUUCCUUUUGGACAUGGAACUAGUAAGAAGUCUUCAAGGUCAUCCGGUUCCUCCAUCAUCCAUUCAGACAUCAUCAAGUUCUUUGAAAACUCCCAUCGGUACUGGUCGUCAGUUGAAUCUUUAGUAAUAUCGAUAUGCGGCACAAUUUUCUUGAGAUCUUUAAGGUAUGACCAUUCUUCCUCUCUUUUGUGACGCUGUUGUUCUAGCACAGCAAGUCUACGGCAUACUUGAAGUUCAUUAAGCUGAGCAAUUGCAUGUUGACUCUUGUGAAAGGUUUCGUGGUCAUUUGGAUCAAUUACAUCGUCCAUUAUUUUGAUUUUGAGCUGAUUCUUGUUUAAGCAAUUGAAAUUUGAAGACAAUCUUCCUGUGAAUGCCUUGAUACCACUUUAUUCCUUCUGAUUCCACCUCAAUCUAUAACUUCAACUUUAAUUUUAUCAACUUUUCUUCAUCAAAAUUCAAAAUAAACAUAAAAGUUUAAAAAUAAAAUUUUUUCUUCAUAAUGUGAGUUCGCCUUAGUAAUGUGACUGCACCUUAUUACAUCUCAAUCGGUUAUAAACAACAAUUUCUUGUUUUUAUUUUGAUACAAAAAUAAUUGAAGAAUUUUUUCUUUUCUAGAAAAGUUUUCUCGCUCAAAAUGAGUAAAUUUGAGAUUAAUGACAUCGACAAUUGCUUUGUGUGCGGGGAAUACAUGGGACCGUUUAAAAAUGAGUUGACUGUGGCGACUGGAUACUCUGAGAAGACGGUACUGCAGAUAAUUGAGAACUUCCUCGAAUCCUCAAUAUCAGAAGUAAUCAUCGAAAAAGGUGGAAUCUGUCAGAACUGCUUCAUAAAAUUCAAUGAGUACGAUGAGCACCAAACCAUAGCCAAUCAAAUCCUCUCAGAACUCAAUUCAAUGUUAUUAAUCAGAGAAUCUUAUGUAGCACCAAAACAGGAGCAAAAAAGGCAAUUUGAGAUAAUUUGCAAUGAGCCAGAGCAAGCAUUAAUCCAACUUCCAGGAGAAUAUGACUUAAAUCCAGUGUUAGAAGAUGACAUAAUGCCUGAAGACAUUAAACCAAUUUUAUAUGAUGAAAUUUUGGACAUAAAACCAGUGAUUGAGAGGAAAAGAUCAAAUUAUGUGAAAAAGGACAAGGAUAUAGGCUUAGUAGUAACAAUAAUUAAUAAUCAGAAAUUUUACACAUGUGAAUUUUGCCAAAAGAACUUCCAAAGUCGAUCAAGGCUUCGAACACACCGACAAACUCACUCAACAGAACGGAACUUUAUGUGCCAAGAAUGUGGAUCUAAAUUUAAAACUCUAAAUUGCCUUAAAAAUCACUCAAGACUUCACUCGAAUGUUUACUUCCAUUGUGACUUGUGCAAUAACCGUUUUAAAGGCAAGCACGAGCUACGAUGUCAUAUGGAAGCUAUUCAUUUAGGCAAGAAGGAACACAUUUGUCAGAUUUGUGGGAAAGCAUUUUCAAGAGACAAGACACUGAGGCAGCACCUCCUUUAUCAUUAUAAUGUCAGGAAUAUAGUUUGUGAAAUUUGUGGAUUUAAGACAAUUAAUAGACCGAAGAUGACGAGGCAUUUGAAGUCACAUAGUGGAGUUAGGAAUUAUGCUUGCAACAUUUGUGGAAAGAGGUUCUUGUACUCAUACAACGUGACUGCUCAUAUUAAACACGUCCAUUACCAUGAGAAGAGACCAACUACAUCGGAAGAUAAGCUUCUUUGUACAAUCUGCGGCAAAAAGUUCCAGAAAAUAUGGAAAGUCAAGGAGCAUAUGAAGGAAUUUCACAAAAUCAUAGAAGAAACAAUCGAAAUAGUCGGGGAUAAAAAUAUAGAAAUCAUCACUGAUCAGCAAGACUAGAUAGUUGAAUAUUGAGAAUUUCGUAGAACUAAGAAAAUCAGGAAAUAAAGUUUAAUGUACA